AUGGCCUCCUUCCUUCUGCUUCUGUUGCUGGCCGCUGGCGGGACCGUCGGCCAAAUAGAGGUGGUUCGUUACGUCCCUCGCGUCUCGGAUUUGAACAUAGAAGGGAAGACCACUGGCACCACUUUUGCUUUGGAGCCCCCAAACUGUGUCUUCGAUACCUUUGUCAAUUCCUCGGACGAGAUAUGGGUGGCGAUUGCAUACGCUAAUGCUCAACUUCCUGCUCUCCUCUUCUCCACUCUGCAAACAGCCACGGCCAGCUUCAAGAACCCAACGAGUCCUAAGGAUAUCCCACCGUAUGAAGCCCUGUUCUCCUCACAUGGCUACAUGACCAUGAAAGCCACCCUCUCCAGCUACCCGUGCAAAGGAGCCAAGCCCGGGAAAGUGCUCCGCAUUGGCAACGAGUCAAGCUGCAAAAAUGACGACACUGAGACUACCUGUAAUGGCCCCUUGCCCUCUGCAGGUCCUUUCAGAGUGAAAUUCCUUGCCAUGGGCUCCAAAGGUCCUAAAGCAGAAACACGGUGGUCAAUUCCAAUCACUCUCAAGAAAGCUGAGGCGUGGAAAGGUAUUGACACCUGGCCGGGACGACGCAGCGGAGACAUGAUUGUCAUCACGGUCAUCCUCUCUUCGCUCUGCGGGGUCGUCACCAUCGCUUUCCUUAGCACGGUCGGCUAUGAAUGCUUUAAGCGUUUGAGGCAAGAGCCACCUGAAGACCAACAGGAACAGCGCCCGGAUCCAGAGCCCUUCCAAGGCAGUCGCUACGACACCCAUCACAUCCCUCCUGCUCCACCUAUGCCGCCACCUCCACCGGCCAUGGACAUCCCUCCUGCCCCACAGCUCAUUUCCACCUCCUCUUAGAGCCAGGAUCCAACACGCCUCUCGGUUUCCUCCCAACUGAGUUUCUUCCCUGUCUUUCCCCGGCGAGGCACAAAUCCUUAAACCUUCCGGUCUUCCUUUUUCCAGGGGUAGGGAUUCUCCGAUUCUGGGGCCAAAUCCAGCCCUCUGCUCCACAUUUCCUUUUCCCAGGAACACCAUGGCUUCGGGGGGGGGGGGUUCAAGAUUUUGUAGAAGUUCUUCCCUAUCUGACAAGGUUGGGAAUCCUCUGUUAAGGUCCCGUUCCUAGUAGUAACCACUGUAGGUGAAAAUGCACAGCCUUCGUCCCUGCCCCCAAAGUAGACUCUGGCUCUCGGAAACAUCUCCGGGGUGGGAUUUGGGUUGAAAGAAGUUGACCUUUGGUUUGUUUGCCCUUUGUCUCUCUUCGCCCUUUGGGUGUUGGCCGUCAAAAGUCCAUGCAUUCCAACCAAAAUGACCGGGGUUCUUCAUUUCUUUAAUAAGGGGGAUCCGUCCGGAUUGUAUUCUGUAGCAUCUGGUGGUGGCAUCUUGGGAGGGUUUUGGUGAAGAAUUCCAAGGCCCCGUUCCUUGGAAGGGAAGGACCCAUCGCCACCAAAGACAACAAACGGACAUGUCGCGGAAGAUGCAUUGCUACCAUUAAACCCAGAGUC